CGAUUCAUAUUUUGGAGAGCAAAUAAUUUUAGUUUUUUGACAGAUUGCAUUGAUUGCAGUUGGUACUUCUGUUUUUUCGUUUUUGGUGAAAUACAUAACUCCGGCUAAAGUGCGUGAAUAAUUUAUUUGUUAUUGUUUAUAUUGCUAGUGCAAUGUCAUUAGCUGGGGAGUUCAAAAUACCAGAAGGCCCUAAGCCUAUGGCUACUAUGGAAUCAGAAGAUGAGGAAUCUUUCGUUGUACUUGGCCAAUCUUUGAUGCCAGAAGUAGAUCUGUCCUUCAAAAACUUAACAAUUGAAAGUAUCAAAAAAGAACCAAUUGAAGAAGGAAAACAGUUGAUGAAAAAUAUGGAAUUGUCACAGUUGGAAAUGUCUGGCUUAAGUAGAGCGCCUGUUCUGGCUGAGGUCAAUAAGGCCCAAGAUCUAGCCAUAAGCCUGCCUUCGAUUGCCAGCCAUUUAGCUCCAACAGAAAUCCAAGAAAAAAUUGAAAUGCUUAUUGACGAAAAUGUAAAACUUCGAGAAAUAAUAAUCAAAAAUAAUGCUGCAAUGGAAACUCAACAUGAAAAAAUUGUUGCAUGGAAGGAAGAGGUUCAUAAUACCCACCUACUGCAUAAGGAGAAAUUUGCUGAAGCCAAAAAAUACAUAACAAAUUUGGUGCAAGAGAAAGCCUACUUGACAGGAGAACUUGAAAAAAACAAAGAAAUCAGAAAAUUACAGGAAACAGAAUUAUUUCGAUUGAAAGAAGAACUCAAACAAGUUUCCACACAAACAAAUAGUCAGUAUGUUCCACUUGUUAAUAAGGAAGACGAGACCCAACAGGAGAUAGAAAAUUUAAAGAGAGAACUGAAUGAAGUUGUAAAUAAAAAAAAAGAGAUGGAAGAAUUUUUGAAAAUAGUUUAUGCCCAAAAGGAUACUUUGAAAAAAGAGAAGGAUGAAAUGGAAUUGUUUAAAAAUAAUUUUAUUUUUGAUUUGCAGAAAGAAUUGCAAAAUAGAGAUGAUCAUAUUGUGAAGAUUAAAAACGAGUUUAAAGAUAAAGAAGAAACCAUGAAUAAGAGGAUUUCAGCACUUACUACAGAAAUAAAAAGCCUCAAAACACAGGCAAGUGAAUCUGUUAAUCUCAAAGAAGAUCUUGAAAAUGUUCGUAAACAGUUGAUGGCCUCCCAAGAAAAUAUUACCUGUUUACUACAAACCAAUGGCAUAUUAGAGGCACAACUGAAUGUUGAAAAGGAGAAAGUGAAGGAAUUGAAGAAGUUGGAGACUAUGAAAGAUGAUUACUUUGCUCUACAGCAGCAGCUGGAAAUAUACAAGGCAGAUUUCGAAGAGGAAAGACGACUGAAAGAGAAUUACAAGGAAGAGAACAAACAGCUCUCCAGCGAUUUCCAACAAAUUCAAAAGCGUAACGGUGAACUGCAGGACGAAUUGGAAGUAUUGAAAGAACGUGGAUGGGAAUUUGUCAAUAGAGAUCAUAGGACUUCGAGCACUUCCAGUGCCUCUGCAGAGUCUCCCCCACCUUUAACCUAUGAAUGUCCCAUUUGUUUCAUGAAGUACAGAACAUUAAGAUUUUUAGAGGACCAUGUAGCCACUUGUAAUCCUGAACCAACUUGGUCAUAAUCUUCUGAACCGAUACAUGUGCCCAAUCUGCAAAUUUGGCUUCUUGUCCUAUCAGGCCCUCGUAAAUCACGUGGAUAGAUGUAUGAAUUUGAAUGCAUCCUUGCCAUAAAUUCAGAGUUCCUUAAUUUUCUAACUUUAUCAAUCAAUUUCCCUUUUUUUGAUUUCAAAGCAUCCUUUUCACCUCUUGUUUACUUUAUGGAAAAAUAUUUUUAUUGGAGUAUUAUUCAUAUGUCGUAGGUAGAAAUUCAGUUUACUGAAAUUAAAUUAAUUUGUCUUGGACUAUUGAUGGCGAGAUUUUUAGCCACAAGUAUUUAUUUUUAAUUUUGGUCGACUUCAUAAUGGUGAUAUUAGAAUGAUAAUGAGUGUAUUGAUGAAAUACAGAUAGUGUAGAUAUUAGGGUAUUUAAACAUGUAUGGAAUAAAUAUUUUUUUCUUUCCGAGUUA